AUGAAAUCAUCCAUUGCGGAUAAGGCCAUCUCCAGCGCCGGCCUGGCUCCUCCCUCAAACCUCAAGAAAGAAGUUCCCCGAGAUCGACCCCUCUCUGGGCUCCCGCCGGCACAUAUCAGCCCGAUGGAGACGUCCCAGGACCAUGACACUCGUACCAGCAGGACUGGGCGAGUCAUCAAGGCCCCAACGGCGUUUACUCCAUCACCAGCCGCUGUCACCUCCGGAAAGCGCAAGGGUGGUUCUCGGAAGAAAGAAGCAAAUGUCGUCUGCAUACACUGCAAUCGGGGGCAAAGCCCGGCCACCAACGCCAUCGUGUUCUGCGAUGGAUGCAACAAUACAUGGCAUCAAAAAUGCCAUGAUCCACCAAUUGACAACAAAGUCAUUCUCGUGAAGGACAUGGAGUGGAUCUGCCGCAAAUGCAAGCCCCCACGUCGUCCAUCAAUGGCAAAGAGCAAGCCCGUCAAAGUCAAGAAGUCAGGUCGAACCCUGCACCCCCGAUUGCAGGCAGGCCCUCCGCUUGAAGCCGGGGCGGAUGGCUUUACGGCUGAUGAGAGACGUGCAUAUCUCUCUAGUCUUUCUCAUGCCCAGCUCGUUGAACUGCUCGUCAACAUCUCCAGCAAAAAUCCAUCCGUGCCUAUGUUCCCUACCAACAUGACGGAUCUACCGGCGUCACAAUUCUUCUACAAGCCGAAACGCAAUGAGAUUGCGAAAUCAGAUAACGUGGAACAUGCACUCACGCCGAGUUCUAAUAAGAGAACUCGCGCCGAGGAAGAUUCAGCUGACCCUGACUUCACCACCAAUCCUCGCAAACGAUCUCGCACUACCUCUAUUCCGGCAAAAUCGCCUCCCAAAAAUCUCUCACCCGACACUGAUACUGAGUCACUGAAUCAUCUCAAUCCUCUCACUACUGCCACGCCAGAGUUGAUCCCCCCAUCCACUUCCACCGAACCCAAGAUUGGACCCGGGACUCCUGCCAACCAGUCGCAGGGAGACCGCAUCUCAUUUCUCUCUCGCGACACCACACCCGAGGAUGAUAAUCCGGAUACGGAGGAUGAUUCGUUUGAAGAUACCGUUGAGGACCAUCGCUUGUACCCACGCGCCGGCAAUGGUUUCUCGCCAGCUCUUGACCCCGAGGAUCUCAAGAUUCUCAACGAGAGCCCGGACUCUCAUACUUUCAGCCAUAGCAUGUAUGGCCCGGCGAAGAAGGCAAAAGAGUUGAAUGUUCCUCCUCGUGUCUGGCAGAGUCACAGGUAG